GGAAAACAAAUAAAGCCAGCGGGAUUCAUUCAACAUUUCUUUAAUUGAAUCCCCAACUUUUAGCGAAAAUGCACAGUGCGCAUCUGACCGCUGAUGCGCAAAGAUCCGUGCGUAAAACUAAAAACAAUCGCAAUUGAUCCGUCAUUGAAAGUCAGAGAGGAUUUAUUUCGACUUGAAACCUUAAGCACGACCUUCAUUACUCGGGGAGUGGUUGACACGAAGAGGAUUUGAUGGAGGUCGUUUGGUGACAGCGACACUUUCUCCGGACUUUCAGUUUGGAUUGGCAGCGCCUUUUAUUUUACUGUACCAGCAGAGUGGAGUCUGGAUCCUGCACCGGCAUGGGACCCUGACAGUUUUGGAUCUCUUAAUUGCCACGGCUAUCACCUUCUAUGUGUAACAAGAAGGGGAUAAAAACGGAUCUGAAAUCCCCAUCAGGAGGAACUUUAUUUCCAAGAGCUUCCAGCACCGAAUCAGUGGAGUAUUCAUGAAGCAAUAUUUGAACUAUUACAAGAUGAGGCUGAGAACAUCGAGGUUAGGUUAUCUGUUAAUUCAGUUCACGGCGCUUUGCUUUUACGCACAGAACACUGUGCAGUCUCCUCCAAAUUUCAAGCACCAUGUUACCGAGCAGAGCCGGCUGUCGGACCGGAUGAGCCGCAGGUUGACACGAACCUACCAGCUGUACAGCCGCACCAGCGGGAAGCAUGUCCAGGUCCUGGCCAACAAGAGGGUCAACGCCAACGGAGACGACGGAGCGGUGCACGCUAAACUGGAGGUGGAGACGGACUCUUUUGGAAGUCGCAUUCGCAUUAAAGGGGUGAAGACAGGAUACUACAUAUGUAUGAACAAGAGGGGGAAGCUGAUCGGCAAGCGGAAAGGACGAGGCAAAGACUGCAUCUUCACAGAGAUUGUUCUGGAAAACAACUACACAGCACUCCAGAACGCCAAGUACGAAGGCUGGUACAUGGCUUUCACACGCAAGGGCCGUCCGAGGAAGGCCUCCAAGACCAAGCAGCACCAGAGGGAGGCCCACUUCAUGAAGCGUCUACCCAGGGGGCACUUGCUGAGCGAGAAGAGACCAUUUGAUGUCCUUCCUCUGGCUGUCCCCAUGCACCCUUUCAGCAAGCGGACUAAACAUUCCCAUCACCAGCGCACAGGGGGCCACUGAGGAUUGAAACCACUGAAGGAGAACUGUGGACGAACCAGCACAGAAGAACCACUACAAGAGAAAACAAGUGCUCCCAGAGAAAUGAACUUUUACAGUCAAGUGCCCAUACACCUUUUGCCUCAUUUUGUGGACUUCUUUGUGUAAUUCUUUGUACUGGAUUGUAUGUAACCAUUGAUUAUCUAAUCUGCUAGUUAUUUCCAAUUCAGACAGACUUUAGGACAGAUUUUACUUAUUAAAUCAAGGGUCAUUUAAAGUACUGAAGACCUCAACAAUAUUGUCAUGAAUGAAAACCUUUUGGUUAGAAGUUCCCCAGCUCAGCAAUAAAAGAAUGUUUAAAAGAGAAAUGAGUACAAUGAAGCUAGACACGGCAGCUAUAUGUGGAUUUUCUUGUGGUUACAGCAUCUGAGUCUCAGUUGACAUGCUAUCUUGUCUUUAGGAGGCCAUUAUAUACAUAUAUGAAUAUAUUUUUACUGUAAAAAUGUAAAUGACGUCAAAUGAUGGAAAUAUUUAUUGUAGAGUGUAUAUUAAAACCACUAAAGAAUCA